GAAAAGAGCUGUUGCUAAAAGAGAGAGAAGCUCAAGAGUUUGGAUUUCAGAAGCCUCUGUUCCUUGCUCAGCCUGGAGUUUAGAGAACAGAGCCCCCCUUCCUUACGCACCCCUACAUCUGUCCUAAGGAGAGUCUAUAGGAAGCACUUUGAAAUGUUUCCAGAUUCAUGGCACAACCAAUGCAAGACAGCCUGGUGUCGAGGGGGAAGAUUUGACAUCCGUACUGCCUAGAAAAGUAACCUUAGAUUUGUUCCUCACCUGAGCUUCCAGCUACAAAAUGGAGGCGAAAGAAACCCACUGGAAAGGUGGUUCUGAACGUGAGCUGCACUGACAUAUGUGGAAAGAGCCAGAGAUGUUUGUCUUGCUCUAUGUCACAAGUUUCGCCCUUUGUGCAAGUGGACAGCCACGGGGCCACCAGUCUAAAGGCGAGGGCUCGACCCCACGAUACAUCUGCAGCAUCCCUGGUUUACCUGGACCGCCCGGCCCGCCUGGAGCUAGUGGUUCCCCAGGACCCCACGGUCGCAUCGGCCUUCCUGGGCGAGAUGGCCGAGAUGGGAGGAAAGGCGAAAAAGGAGAAAAGGGAAGUGCAGGUAUGAGAGGUAAAACUGGACCUCUGGGCCUUGUGGGAGAGAAAGGGGACCAAGGAGAGACUGGCAAGAAAGGACCCAUUGGACCCGAGGGAGAGAAAGGAGAAGUAGGCCCCGUGGGGGCUCCUGGACCAAAGGGAGACAGAGGUGAGCAUGGGGACCCCGGGCCACCUGGUGUCUGCAGGUGUGGAAGCAUCGUGCUCAAAUCAGCCUUCUCUGUGGGCAUCACCACCAGCUACCCAGAAGAAAGGCUCCCCAUCAUCUUUAACAAGGUGCUUUUCAACGAGGGAGAACACUACAACCCCUCCACGGGCAAGUUCAUCUGCGCCUUUCCGGGGAUCUAUUAUUUUUCUUAUGAUAUCACAUUGGCGAAUAAGCACCUGGCCAUCGGGCUGGUGCACAAUGGAGAGUAUCGAAUCAAGACCUUUGACGCGAACACAGGCAACCACGACGUGGCUUCAGGCUCCACAGUCAUCUACCUGCAGCCGGAAGAUGAAGUCUGGCUGGAAAUCUUUUUCACAGAUCAGAAUGGCCUCUUCUCAGACCCAGGCUGGGCUGACAGCCUAUUCUCUGGGUUUCUCCUCUAUGUGGACACAGAUUAUCUAGACUCCAUAUCAGAUGAUGAUGAAUUGUAAUCAUCACUGCUCACCUCGGUGUCCUGAGAUGCUGGUGGCAGACAUUCUGUUGAAACAAGAAGAAGAUGAGAAGAGACUCCCACUCUUAGGCCAGAGUACGUACAUGCAGUUCUAGCAGAAUCUUUGAAAAGCAAGAUGAGCCACAAAAGAGUUGCAAGUACACUGAAAUUCAUUGUGUAAAACAAUAACCCCAGAUAUGAAUUCUCUUGAAAAUGAUUUUCAUAAAUAUUUAAACAAAUUAAAGACAAUGUUAACAGA